AUGCCUAUUUCUAGGUCUACUUCUAAUUCUAGUAUUAGUACUACUGGAAAUGAUGCUCCUCAAUUUCCAAGGAGAAUUCUACUUCUAGAUCAAAAUUGGUCCAUCGGUUCUAUGGGUGAUGUUCUUCCUUUUAUAAAUCUGGGCGUGGGUUUUUCUCGUCGUGGACAUGAUGUUAUAGUUGCGGCUAAUGCUCGAUUUAAAGAAUUGAUUGAGAAGAAAGGUUUUGAGUUUAGAGAAAUAAAGUGGGAUAUGAUACACGAAUGG